CACUGUGCCACUCUCUGCCAUGUACCAGCUGCUGUUUCUUCAUCAUCGGUAAUCUACUUUAAGAUGUUUAUACAGAACUGGACACUGAAUAGACGUUUGGCCACAGUACCACCUGAUGAUGGGGCACGCCUGUCCAGGAGAUGCCUUAAGUUGAAUACUACGAGUGCUCGCAAGACACGAGCAAAGCCGAUACAAGUCGCUAUUAACAAAUGGUGUGGGAAGAAAAAAUGUGUCGUGAGAAGGACUAAGUUAGAGACAUACGUAGCAUGGCGGACACAAACCGUAUGCUGCAGCGGUUGGCAAUAUAACGAAAACGACUCCUGUGCACCCCUCUGCAGUACCGGCUGCAAUGGCGGCCGCUGCACCGCUCCUGACACCUGUACUUGUGACCCUCCAGCUGUCACCCACCCUGAGCACAAGUACACUUGUAUAAGACCUCAAUGUAACCCUCCCUGUGUGAAUGGCCAAUGUAUCAAUGAUACGUGUGUUUGCCAAGAUAACUACGAGAAGUUAAACGGGACGCAUUGUUACCACUGUGAGCCGGGGCUUACUUUAGCCGCAAACUUUACAUGUGUGAAAUGCCAGUGCGAUAAUGGUAGCUGCGUUGAUAAUACUUGCGUUUGUGAUACGGGAUAUGUCUUGAAGGACAACCUUUGUGAACCUAUUUGUGAGAGCUGCAAUGGAAGAUGUAUACGUCCAAACGUUUGUCAAUGCAAUAACGGGUAUACCUAUGUAAACGGCAAAUGUGAGCCCAUUUGUAAUAACUGUAACGGAAUAUGUGUUAGAGCGAAUGUGUGCCAAUGUUUCGAUGGGUAUAUCAAUGUGGGGGGCAAAUGCGAACCUCUGUGUAGUUGUGACAAGUGUCUCGCACCAAAUGUAUGUAAUUGUUCCGAAGGUUAUAGGAGUGCUAACGGAACUUGUGUGCCUAUAUGUAUCGAGUGCGUCAAUGGAUAUUGUUCAGCCCCCGAUGUAUGUUCGUGUAACGAAGGUUUUAUGAAGAAUAGUGACGGUGUGUGCCAGGCGUGCUCAGAAGUUUGUACUUGCAAUGCUAAUGGGGAGUGCCUUGAGGAAAUAUGUCGAUUGUACGGGCGAAGACGUAUAGCCGGAUGUUGUAUCGGAUAUAUAUAUGAUAGUAGCAGUAAUUCCUGUAGUGCAAAAUGCGAUAAUUGUAACAACGGUACGUGCGUCACACCAAACAAUUGUGUCUGCACACCACCAUUAGUCCUUAUAAAUGGGAAUACAUGUGUUAAUCCCAUUUGCGACCAACCCUGUACCCAUGGGCAAUGUACUUCAAGAAAUGUCUGUACUUGCGAGACAGGAUAUGCUCCCGUCGAUCAGUUUACAUGCAAACCAGUCUGUGAUCCAGCCUGUGAAAAUGGAAAAUGUGAAGCUCCAAAUAUAUGCACCUGUUCCGUCGGUUAUACUUUAGUCAACAAAACUUGCCAACCUGUAUGUAACGAAUGUGAUAAUGGCGAAUGUAUCGCUCCAAACGAUUGUAAAUGUAAUACAGGAUAUACGAAACAAAACAGCAUCUGUGUGCCUGAUUGCCAACGUCCUUGCGUUAAUGGAAUUUGCUCUGAACCUGAUAAGUGUUCGUGCAAUGUCGGCUUUGCUAUCGACCCUUUGGAUAGAUUUAAUUGCCAGCCUGUCUGCGAAACACCAUGCGUUAACGCAACAUGCAUUUCUCCCGGCACGUGUUGUUGUUUCUCUGGAUAUUUGCCGCUUAAUGAUACAAUAUGUACACCAAAAUGUGACAACUGUGUACACGGAGAUUGCAUAGGUCCAAACGAAUGUAGAUGUCAUAAAGGCUAUGUUUCAGAAAGUGGUAAAUGUAUGCCGAAAUGUGACGAUUGUAGUAAUGGCCAAUGCACAGCUCCGAACACCUGUGUUUGCGAUGGCGGAUACAGCCUUUCCAAUGGGACCUGCAAGCCAGUAUGCAAUCCUGAAUGUGUUAAUGCUAUGUGUGUUGGACCAAAUCAAUGCAGAUGUUUUGAAGGAUUCCGGAGUAGCAAUAGCUCAACUUGUGAAAGACACUGUGAUAACUGUGAAAAUGGAAAAUGCUUGGAAGGGAAUUAUUGCUUUUGCAAUGAGGGAUACAGUUUGGUGAAAGGGGUCUGCACUCCAAGCUGCUCUUUAUCUUGCGUAAAUGCAAGAUGUGCGGCACCAAAUACUUGCGAAUGUCUGGAAGGCUAUAAACGAAAUCAGACAUCACCUAAUAACUGUUUCAAGGCCUGCGUUUGUAGUAAUGGGAGAUGUAUAGAAGAUCAAUGUAUUUGUGAUGCUGGUUACGAGAUGUUGGAUGGCAAUUGCACUGAGAUUAGACCAGUGGAAUGUAAAACUUGCGAGGGAGAGUGUUCGGAUGGCAUAUGUUGGUGCAAGGAUGGCAAGCCAUGUUACCAUUUAGAAGAGCCAGCUGAAGUUGGAGCGCCUACAAAAUUGGCAGGUCUGGAGCUGGGCUGGCUCCUUGGUGGAGUUGUGGGGUUGGCAUUACUGACGUUGGUGAUAAUAGUGAUGGGUCACAUUUGGCGGAAGCGACGAGAAUACGGCGUGAAGGAAACUGAAACAGGUGGCAACGAAAUCGGUAGCGUUGUAUACACAGUACCUGAUACACUUUUAACGAGACGACCAGGAAGUGUUGUGAACGUCUACGGCGAAAACGAAGAUGAAAACGAAAGUGUGAACGAACCUCUACGACCGACGGACGACGCAUUAUAGUAGUUUAAGGGUUUAAUAGAAAUAGUAUUCAAUUUAUUCUCAGAGUCGCUUGUUAAGGGUUAACGAAUAAUUAAGUUAUUUAUAUUAAGAAGUUCAAUAUUAUUGGAAGCCAAACAAAGUUUUCUACUGUAAUUUGCUCUUUUAAAUUAUUAUAUUUUAUAGCGAAGUAAUUUUAAGCUAAACGUCAAUUUUAAAAGUAUUUUUUUGGAUCUGGCGAGCGGUGUGUGCAAUCGGAUAGCCGCCG